AUGAUAUCCCCGAAAGGGCUAAGACUCCGGCUCAGCCUCUCCAUUCUCCUCCAACUUCACUCUCUCAACCCUUUCUGCUUUCUCCACGUGGACCAAGCGGCUCAACCACCAGCCCUAGGAGACCAACACCAUAAGGCCCUUAAAAAGCUAGACUACCCUCCCUCGAAGGCCAACUCCAUCAGGCUCUCGAAACACCAGCCUCCCUGCUCAGGAAUCUCAAAACUCGCGACCGCCAUUAUGGUAGACGAUGCGGAGGCGUCGUCUGCCACCGCGGAACCUACACCUAGAGGCAAGACCAAGACACAGAAGAAGCGGUCUUCGACAGAGGUCAACCCGCAUCUUGACCCAUACAAAUUCACGGACGAAGAAGACUCGAGCUAUCUGAAGAACGUCACCGAUGCUAUUUGGCAAGCUGGCACUUCUGAUGAGGGGCUUAUCAAGAAGCUUAUCAGACCCGGUUCCGGUAGCGGACGCAAAAAACUAGCCGGCGAGCAGACAGAUGACGAAGUACGCAACGAACUUUACCGAGCAUGGUCGAAAAGCACGACAAAGGUCAUGGGCUCGAGAAACCUGGUCAUACUGAAGACAUCGGAACUCGGACCGGCCCAAGUUGUGGCAUAUCUUGGGUUUCCUGACCACGGUGCAUUAGCUGCGUUUGCUCUAACAGAGGCUCUUUGGCGCUUUGUGGAGAGAAUGGUAUUCGAUCUUAUCAAUCAACAACCCUCGGAUGAUUACUUCAUGACCUUGAUCGACGAGAUCGACCGCUCUCCAUCUUAUAGGCCGUUGGCCCUGUCAAAAAUGCUCAACCCAUCGUCCCCGCUGCUGGACACACUUGACCCGAGCCGCGAAGUUUUUAUGGUCUUUCCGGUCGAUGACGGCGAAGACAGUUUGUCGGGGCUUUUCGAUGCCGACUUUGCGGAUCCCGCGCGGUUUCGCUGCGACAAGCGCUCCAAAGAGGAACUCAUGGAGCACUAUGGCGACGGGGCACACGACGCCAUCCUAAACCGCUUCCUCGGCUAUUCCAUGGAGGACUGGCAGCGUCCUCCAUUCACUAUGGACAAAAACGCAAGCAGGACUUUUUUCCGCCAGUACUGGGCGGGUCGUGAGACCGGCGACAUGCUCCGGAAGUUGGAAAAUCGCCAGAAAGAUGAUAAGGCCAAGCGCCAGGCCGACUUCCUGACCGCACCGGCAAGUGCGGAGGUGGGUGCCGAUACUGAUAUCGCAUUCUCAUACGCUCUUUCAACCCUCACGGCCAGCCUCCCACCACAGAAUGCUGAUUUCGAAGAGGCCAUGGACCUCGUGGGUUUGAAGGGCGAGGAUCGGAAGACGUACGCAUUCAAUAGCGAGAACACUCGCAUCAGCAAAAAGGCUGCUUGCAAUCUCUCCAACGCGGCACGGCGUCGUAUCAGAGUCGUUCUCAACACAAAUGGUGAAGCUCCGGCCGCUGAAGCGCCAGGUGGCGGUGAGAACCUCCGAGAGGCAUUUACCCUUCUCCCCCACCAAAUUGCCGGAACAGAGGCCAAGAUUAUCAACGACUACAUCAGUGGUCCCAUCCUUUAUUUUAUGCUCGGUGCAGAAAUAGGCUUGGGCAAGACUAUCACCUUCGAACUAAGCUGCGACAAGGAGCCUCAACGAAAAUACGGGCCUCACCUUCUCGUCACGCCUGGGGACUUGGUGGAUGCCAUGGUCGCCGACUGCCAGAACGCUUUCCGCGGCAUCCGGGAAUAUGUCAUCAACUCCACCGGCCGUUCCAGUAUCCCAGGUGCUACGGUCUAUUCCAGUGCUUCCGACGUCGUCAAGCUCAUGCGGACUGCAACUACGGACACCUACCAGGCGAUACCGCCACCGACAAACAUCAGCACCAUGGCUGCCGAUGCGCCCCACGUCGACCCCUUAAAGGCCAUCGCGGCGAUCCGAGACGCCCGGCCGCCAGCAACGGACCGCUUCACCUACCUCACCAUAAUCGAGACAAAUCUCUCGCCGGUCGUGCUCCCCGUGCUCAACGAAAUCUUGCAGGACGCCGAACUCACGCAAGAGAUUGGGUGGGACCUCGUGUACAACCUGGUCAACCUGCCCGGCUCCGAAGCCUGUCUCGAGACCAUCGCGAGGCUGGGCAACCCGCGCGAGGUGAUCCUCAAGGUGCUCGAGACUCUGGAAGUCCUCAGCAGCGACUCCAAGGGCAGCGACCAGGGCAGCGAUGGAGGGCAGGACACCGAGGCCCAGGAGCCAGCGACGCUGUCGCCGCACAAGUUCAUCACGCUUCUGGGCAUGCUCGCCAUCCUGCACAAGCGCAUCAAGACCAAAUACCCCAGCCGCUUCCUGGCCCAGACGCUGCAGACCGUCUACAACACAUACAGCCCGAACCAGGAGAUGACGGCUUCCGUCAUCAACCUGAUGCACAGCCUGUCGGGGACGCAGAGGCCGGCUCUGCCCAGUAGAAAGUCGAGCGUGAACGUGGCCAACCCGGACCAGGACGGCGACGUGUCCAAGAACGCGCCAGACCCCGAGGCCGACAAGGACGACCGCGAGGAUCCGACCGAGGCUUCCCUGCAGAAGAGGCUCCUGCUCAGCUUCGCCACGUGGGUCCUCGAGGCCUAUGUCAACGGCAACGAGAUGGCAUGGGCGGCCAGGCUGAUCGAGUUUUACAACCCCGGCAAGAUGGUGCCUGGGAGACCGACGCUGAUGGCGGCUUUCCGAGAGGACCAGGUGCUUCUGGCGAGGGACGCCAUUGUCGGGCAGUUGGUCGCACUGAUAAGCGACUUGGGUCACCAUUCUUGCACAAAGGCGUUCAUCGGCCAGCUCUGCGAAGGGCCCUCCCACGACACCCCGUUGGCAGGAUCAGAGGACUUCUCGAGCAUCGACAGCAUCAAACUGUCGACAGGCGGCGGCGUAUGCUUGUUGGCAUACUGGGUUUUCUCGUCGACCGUCUUCGACGCAGACCAGCCGACGCCGGCCAUGCACAUCUUCCCAGAGCACUUCAUGAUACUGGAAAAAUUCCUGCAUGAAGACCCCGAGCAGCAGAUAGAAAAACACGCGGGCACAAUAGAGAGCCUGGUGGCCAUCGGUCUGUGGCUUCGGGCAAACGACCUUGUCGCGGUUAACCCGACUUCCUCGGUGGCCAACCCGGCAACAUCGUCUUCUUCCGACGACACCUCUUCCGACUUUAUGAGGCACCUCCAUCUCACGACUCUCAUCGCCCUCUACCACCCCCAGCUCCUGGUCCGCAACGCGGCAACAACGCUUGCGGGCCAGAUCCUGCACGCCGACCCAGCCGACGACGACCGCCUCCGCAUCCUCUACGACCUGCUGGAGAACUGCAUGUUCGCCUCCUUAAAGGCGUGCGCCAUCACGUGGCUGCGCGACGAGUUAAUCGCUGCAUCGGCCUCGACAGAGAGCGAGACUGCUGGUACGGCCGGUGCAGCUAGCGUUUUCUCGGGACCGCAGGCGCUCGAGACGGUGGAGUACGUUGUGUUCCCCAACCUGGAUUCACUUCAGGGGCUCGACCAGGAAGAAUUGGUCGAGUACCUGGCGCAGAACUCGCCGUACCUCAUCCAGGCGGCCAACUUUGGCCUGUUCUUGUGGUCGUCGGACAAGUGGAAGCACGUGCUCCCGACCAACUCGGACGCCGCGGUCAAGGAGCGCUGGUUUGAGCCGCUUCAGGGCGCGCUCGACAAGCUGGAAAAGGACACGCAUUCUGGCGAGCUCGCGGGGGAGCUCGGGCCCCUGGCCUUUGACCUCGACGUGCUGCGCGAGCGCUUGCCCCUCCUAGCGGCGGCCGAAGGGUUUAGGGUCACGGAGGAAGCCGCGAGAGCCUAA